UCCGAGGCUCCAGGGUUUGGUAACGCGAUCACCAUUAUUAUUAUUAUCAUACAGCGUCAUGACAUUGAGAUGGACGCUGACAGACAUGCGAACCGUCUGAGGCUGAACAAAGAGCAUGUGGUUGACACGAGCAACACUGAUGGGUGAACUGAACCUUUAUGUGUAACCUGCAAAUGUUAGCGACGUUGAACACAGCUCACGUCACAAACAGGAAGUCGGACGUGACAAACGCGAAAACAGCAACGGAAGCCGAGAGGUGCCAUCGCCCGAAGCCAAAGUGUGAAGUGGGAAUAUUUGAUCGAAGGAAAUGGACACAGGGACGAUACACGCGACUCCAUCUCCUGUCGUGAGGGCGCAGACGACGAGGAAAUGACAAGUUAGCGUUGACGUUACCACGUGUCCACUCUCAGCGCGACCAUCCACUGUGAGAAUCACUGCUGUCUGAUUGAAGCUGCUCACUUCGCCUCUUUGGGAUCAUCACCAGUCCAGUUUCCCGGAUUUUCCCGAGUCAUGUAUCCUAUCAGUAAACACAGGGAUGCAGUUCAGAGUGGGACUGGUGUCUUCUACCAGGCGAUACCUGCUGUUGGAGCCGAUGGAAAGAAAAUCAUGAAACUGAUUCCUGUACAGCUGGUCAAUGGACAGUCUGUCCAAUAUGAUCCAAGUAAACCCAGUUUGGAUUCUAGCAAACAGAAAGCUGUAAAUAUUUCCUCACCACCAGCUCUGAUGAAAAAGAUUGUCACACAGAACGGUUCCUUUGUAAAUGUCUUGCCUAAGCGAGGAGGAUUGGAUCCUGGUGAUUCACUAAACAAGCAUCCACAACAGCAGCAGACUGAAAGUUUAAUGUCCAAAGUGCCGACGACCCCAACGCCUGCAGCAAACUGUGUGACGUCGGUAAGACUUCCAUGUCAGGUCCCAGUGAUGUUGAAAUCUCCAGCACUCCCCAGAGGACAGUUCCUUCAGAUUCCCCCUAAUGCACAUGUGCGAACAUUGCCAGCAUCUGAACUUCCUCCAGAUAUCAAGAAGCAGAUUUUUAAUUCAUCAGCCAGUUCCACUCCAGGUUCAGGCGUGCCCAGUGUAGUCUUUGUGUCACCUGUCACCACCGUGAGUCAGUGUGCUGCUCCACCGUGUGAUUCUGGACCUCACUCACCCAGGCUGCCUUCUCAGACAGAAGCCACAGCUAAAACAUCGAAGCCACUUUUAAAAUUAAUUCCAAAAGCUUCACAAGCGUCUAACGGCCCUACAAGGUGGGUGAUUGAAGAAGAGGACACCCCGACGGCUCCACGUGUGCAUCCUCUUAACCCUCAUUCUGUUAAUUCACACAUUCUUCGAACAGUGGCACAGAGAGAAAAAACUGGCAAGCACUCGGAUGUUUCUGAGUCUAACCUGGACGAAAGCGCACCAGAGCAGGAUAAUGCCUUAAUCAUGUGCAACGGGAAGGUGUUUUUUGUGGCCAAAAAAUGCAGCCUACUUUUUAAACAAGGAGAAAACGACUCGCCCACAGCAGCAACAAAAAGUUCUGAAAUAAAAGAAACCACAAAACCUUCAUUAGCUCAAACACAGCAGGACAUCAGCAUUAUUAUUUCAGAUGAGUCAGAUGAAGUUAUCGAUCUCUGUGAUGACGAUACUCAGGACGACUCACAACAAGCAGCAUCAGUUAGCACGUCAGCGGCCUCUCAUCCGGAUGAUGACAACGUAAUAUUUGUGUCAUACAUGCCACCCAAAUCUAAGGCUGAGUCCACAUGUGAUUUAACAAUAAAAACACAAACAAUACUAGAAAAGGACAGAGACCCGCUGAGCACGGGCAGCUUGGACAGUUUGACACAGGAGAAGAGCUCGGGUGGUAGAGCUGACGCUGACGGAAGGGAUGUGGGCGCCACUCUUACGGAAGGAAGAUCCGGCACAGAUGAAAUUGUCAGACAUGUUUGUGCUUCUGCCGGGACAAAUGUGCAUGAUGAUGAGGGCUCAAACGUGGACAGUAAGCAGAGCACCUCCACCCAACAGGUUAGCAUGGGAGUUGAUGUUGAUCCAGAAAGUCCAGCAGAUGGCAGCAGUGCAGCAUGCUUUCACAAACAGGAGAAGACCCCUCCACAGCCUACAGUUUGUCAGACAUCUUCACCGGCACCUCCGCCCUGUAAAAUGGCUGACCGUCAGCUGAGCCAGAUGUUUGGGAUUACAGCUGAUGUGAAGAUUUGCCUGCAGAGGAUCGACGAGGCCUCUGCUGGACUGGCAGCUCGGAGUAGUGAGUUUAUAAUCUCAGCAGAGGAUCGGCAUGAACCAGCGAAUAGGUUGAUAGAGAAGGAACUCUUUCUGCAGGACUUCUACAGGUCCUGCAAAUUCCAGAACAAUGAUUUGAAAAGAGUGGAAGUAGUAACUGAACAGGUACAGCCAGCAGAUGCUGCCACUGCUCACACAGAUGUCAUGUCUCUUCAAUGUGCCGUUUUCAAGCUGAACACAAAACCUCACUCUGAAUUGGGCCACUGUUCACCCAAGGGGGUGUCAUGUGGUGUUGAAAACACAACAUUGAUUGGUUAUGUGGAACCAAUAGAUGAGGACUUCUUCAAUGCAAAUGAAAUCGCAGAGUCGCAGGAUGUAGCAGCCCUGCAACAGACUCAGACUUGUGUGGACCUGAACACCAGCAGAAUAGGAAGGACGAGGAAACGAACCAUGUGUCCAUGUUGCGUCCCUGGUACUCUGGAGCCUGCAGUGAAAUCCAGUGCAAGGUCAGAGGAGCUGGAGAAGUGGGCAUGCAGGACAGAGCAUAUCAGUAAAAAAGGGACACGAACAAAAGCUGCUAGAAAAGGUGUGACAACAUCUGGAAACGGCUGUCUAACAGUCCGAAAUAAUCAGAAAUCUAAGACUCAUGCGGUUCCAGCCAGGGACCGUUUGUCCUCAACAUCCACGGACACAGAUGAACUUAAGAGAGACAGACAGAUCCAAAGACUCAAAGAGCUUCUGAAAGAGAGGGAGGCAGCUUUAGAACUGAUGGAACAAAGCAUGAGCUGAAAGUCUCUAACCUUCCACACUAAUAUUCUAACAAAUAUCCUAACAUGUAGGUUAAAAACUUUUUUAGAAUAUUAAUUGUUUUAUUUCUUUUUGAACUAGCACAAGGACCAUAAGUCAGAAUACAAAGGCCUUUUGUUUGACAGACACUGGGGAAGACACGCAACAGAGGGUCGGGUCGGCAUCAACCUGCGAUCAGUAGUACUGCAGGAGUAUUCAAGCUAGUAUUUGCAGGGCGACCACUAGCUCACCUAAGCUGCCUUCAGACAUACACCGAACUCUGGAGUGUAUAUGUGAAAGCAAAUGUCUGAGUGAGAGCCUCCAGAGUUUCUGGCGACUUUCCCCUCCAACCCCGUGUAAAAAGUGCAGAAUGUCUGAUGGUGCCGAUGUGAGAACACAGCAGGAGAUCCUUCACAAGAUUAGGCAUGAGUGAGUGGAUGUGUUGACCUCACAGAUGCAAAGAUAUAUAUAUAUAGAUAUUAUAUAGAUAUGUAUAUCUCGAGAUAAAAAAGCUGUGCCAUACAGCUUUUGGUGAUGAGGGUUGAUGUGUGGUACACAAAAAACACAUGAACCCUGCAGCACAAUUUAUGCAUCACAUCUUGUUUCUGCCUGCCGUACCACCCCUUCUGUGUUGUAAACAUGUCUGAGUGGAGAACCUCCUGCUGUGUUGUGUAUGUGUCAAACGCAAACCCCUGAGAAAGUUUGGACCCAAUCCUCCAGAGGUCAUGUCUGAAAACAGCUGUAGUUGUGCAGUAGCCCCAAUACAUUGAUUUCUAUUUGCUAACACACAUCUGGUUCAUAGUAGCCAGUUACUAAGAGUUAUUCCACACUCACUAUCCAGUCAGGGUCUUGAGUUUUUAUUGGCAAUUGUUUGAUUAGAAACUUCUGCCGCAUUUUAGUGUUUUAUUGCAUUCAAGUUCAUUCAGUGAUCUAUAUCAAAAUGCACACAAAUCAUCUGAAAUGUAACAGAAGCAGCAGGAGAUGUGAUAUUAUUCCGCAAGACUACAUGAAAAAUGGCAGCAGUAUCAUCAAGUGCUAAAACAAGUGAAAAAAUACAUCAUGAGGCCACUGUCUUUUGCCUUUCAGGUUGUAUCAAAAGAACAUGAUGAAUGUUUCAGUGGCACAAACCUGAAACAAAAGCCUCCUUUUAUCCAAACCACAAUGACUCCUACCUCCAUCACAGGCUCUGAGAGGACAAACCAUGUGUCACAAAAACAUUGUGUGUUCAUUUGUACAACAAAAUAUUUUCAACUCUGAACCAUGUGCCGGCUUUUUCAACAAGGGUUAGGGUUAGAAGCACUUAAAUACCUGAAGUGGGAGUUUAGAAUCCGUUUUUGCCUAUUUUGUUUGAAAUAUGUUCUUAAAAUCCCCAAAAUAAGUAAAACAAGUACUUCAUAUCACCGCUGUUAGUGCAUAGUACAAAGUACAUAUGUACACUGCUAGUUGGCAGCGGAAAUGUCCUGGGAGCGAGUGAAGUAAGCAAACUCUAUCAGGAUGCUUAUCUGCAUAAAUGGCAGACAAGUGCAGUUUGUAUUAUUUGUGAUGUUUUGACUGAAAAAUAUAGGAUGUGGCUUAGGAGAGAGGAAGACCUUAGCCAUGCUAAAAUAUUAAUGGAAAGUAAUGUCAAUGAAUUGCUAAAAAUGUGUGAACAGAUUCACAUUUUAUAUAUUAAAAUUUGUCUAAGUAACAAUUUGCUAUGAAAUGUAAUGUCAGGUUCAGAAAUACUUUCAGAAGAAUUGAGAUUUUAUGAGGCCACCUAUGCAAAUACAUCACAGGAUGAAAAGAGACGUGGUGCUGCAGACAGAAGAAAUGACAAUAUAUAUGACAAUGUACAAGUCUUGGCUGGAGUUGCUUUCUCACUUGUUAUAGUGGAACUUUCUGCUCCUGUAUGAAGUCUGCAGAAAAGUCCAGAGGAGAUGAUGUGAGAACACAGCAGGAGAUCUUCCACAGAAAAAAAAGUGAAAAAAGAAAACAAUUAUAUCAGGAUUAAAAAGAGGAGUCAUACAUGUAGAAGACAGAGACCAGAGAGUUUUUGGUUAUAAGAUUCAACACCGGUGUUAAUGUGCUGCAAACAAAAACGUGAUCUCUGCAACACAGUUUCUGCGUUGCAUCCUUCAUCCUGUCGUGAACACGACUGAGUGGAGAAUCUCCUGCUGUGUUGUUCAUGUUUGACAGGCAAACUUCUUAACAACACAUUCUCAGGAUAGUGAUGUGGUUCACUUGGCGUUUUGAAAGGUGCUUUAUAAAUAAAGUUUAUCAUUGUAAACAUUA